AUGAGGGCCGCAGCGCGAGCCCUGAGCCCCGACGCCCAGCCGGAGACGCGCCCUCCGACCAGGAAGCAUGCGGCGGCCGCUCCGGGCUGCUCGGCGCCCCGGGCGGGGAAGGAGGGCGACAGGAAGUGCCCCCCCUCCAUCCUGAGACAAAGCUCGCCGCCGGAGGGCCGAGGCCACAGGGCGGGGCCCCCGAGGGCCGCCAGGCAUGUGCGCUUCCAGGAGCCCCUGGAGGUGGCCGUCCGCUACAUCGCCAGCCGGGAGCACGUGCCCCCCGCCAAGGCGCCCCGCCGGCCCCGGCCCCGGCCCCGCGGCCGCUCCCUGCUGCUGCGGCUGGGCCUGUGUGCGCUGCUGGUGCUGCUGCUGGGCCUGUGCUGCGGCCGGACCAAGCCCCUGGCGCUGGCGCUGCAGGACCUGAGGGCCCGGCUGCUGGCCCUCGGCCUGCGCCUGCGGCAGGCGCUGCUCACCGGCUGGCACUGCCUGCUGCAGCUCUGA